UUCGCUUGCGAGGGUUUUCAAUUUCUAGCUAUGGCGUUUAGUUGGAUGUACACAGGCCGUGUAGUGUUCGGUCUUCUCCUGCUCGGUCAGGGGGGAUUUUUAGUUGCUUAUUCCGUCGAUUAUGACGAGGUUGCAGUCUGGGUACCGAUAGUACAAGGUAGUUUAUUUGCUAUAACAGCGACCGUGUGGCUUGCUCUCAUCUGCAGAAAAGCGAAACUUCGAUGGUUGUUUUAUGUCUGGGUUUCAUAUGUUAUUGCCCUCAUUGUAAACAUUGGAAUCAUAUUUGGAAGUAUUGGAGACAAACUUGACAGGAAAAACUUCCUUGGCCCUAAUGUUCUGAGGGGAGUUCUGUGCGUCACACCUCCGCUGCUGCUGUUGUUGUUACACAAUGCCGACGAUUUAGAUCGAUCCGAUGAGCGCAAAGAUCUAGUGUCCAAGCUUUCCUACCAAAUGGUCAUCGAUCUCUUCGAUUUUGUAGAUAUGAUAGAUAUCGUUUUGGAUGACAAAGGAAAAAUGAAUUGCCCGUUUGCAAACACGGGCAAUUCAAGCCUCAACGCAAUUCCUGAAAGCUUCGGAACGGCCAUGGCUGCAGUAGCAUCUGUCAGUCUACUAAUGUCAAUUUGGCAAUUGUUCGAAAACAAGCUAUCAAGCGAUAAAACAAAGAUUCGCUUCGGAACAACAGUUCUUCGCCAUAUGGCAGGGAUAGCUUUGGUUAAUUUACCUUUCUUGAUCAUUCGCUUGGUGGUUUGGGCUGAAUACAGAAGAGAUGCGUCCAUCUUCAUUGCCAAGAACAUAAUAUCGAUAGUUCUGUCCAUUAUGAAUUUAUACACACUUUUUGCAGAAAAAUCAGUCAAAUCUUGGUCUAAUUUAUGUGAAAGUUUUUUCUAACUGAGAGACGUCUAAAAUGGCAAGGAGUUUUUGUUGUCAUUAUUCAAACAGUGUACGAUGGGUUUGGAAGCACAACUUUGUGAAAACUGCAUGGGCAGUACGACAGUGCAUGAUCGAUUAAGGAGUAAGACUUGUGAAAUCUGUAUAAUUACUUUCAUAAUAGUUUUUCUCACUACAUUUCUUUUACUGCUGUAUGAGGGAAGCAGACCUGCUAGUUACAUUACAAAUGUUCUAGUUGCGACUUAGCUGAUGUCUCUUGGUUAACGUGUCAUGUGUAAUUAUCAAGAAUUGUUAAACAGCGACGCCUGAAGCAAUCACUAAACAACGGUAAUACAAAGUGAGGACUGUACUUCUCGUAGUGUUCAAGAAGAGUGUGGAAUCAGUACGGUUAUGAAUAAUUAUGAUUAUUAUCUUUAGAUCAGUUGCAAUUCGACCUUCGGAAAUUACAGUUGUAGUAUGCAUGCCAUCUCCACAAAAAAUUGAGUCUAUGUAAAAUAUGGGUAAUAUUUCUUUUCUUUUAGACUUACACGAUUUAUUUCACCCACAUAUAUCCGCAAUUCACUAAAAUAAAAGGAAAUAUAAACUGAUUUAGUCACAU